UACAACAAGAAGAAGAAAAGUUUUAAAAAAGUAAGAUUUGAACAGAAAAAAAAUAUCUGGAAACUCGAAACCUCGUUUGAAUCUGAGUGAAAUAGUAGGGAGGAAUGUGCACCCCAGUUAAAAGUCGAGAACUCGUGUGUAAGAAUUCUUAUAAAGAGUAGAUUAAUGUGAGCAGACAUAUGAGCGGAACUCUCCUUUGCACCCCUUCUUGAGGAUUGAAAGUUAUACGUCAUGAAUAGCUCCCAUGGAAGUCAUAGCAGUUCUUGUUCUUCUUCUUCUUCCCCUCGAUCUUCGUCAGAAGAAAGAGGCAAUAAUUUAUCGCAGCAAUUGCAGACUUUGCAGUCUAUGAUUCCAAACAUUCCAGGCACUGCGGACGAGAGGUCCAUCCUUGAAGCAACCCAUGAAUAUAUACAACGUAUUCAUGAAGAGACAGAGAGCAUCGAGAGGGAAUUAUUGCAACGGCGACGCUCUACUACUACUCCAGGCAGCUCAUCUUCAUCAUUAGUAGGAGUGCGUCCGAAAAUAUCAAGUAUGGAAAUAGAUGAUCUAAUGAUAGAAGGACGAUUUGUGGUGAAGAUAAGUUGGAGAAGAGGUUUCAGCGAGAAUGGCCACGUGCAGCGCGUGCUUGAAGACUGUCUCAGCAUUACAAUGACUUCGAUCUUAGAUGACGACAACGAUCCUGAUUGUAUGCUAACAACAGCCUUUGUUAAGUUGUUUCUGGAGCUUAUUCGCCAUACUGAAGCAAAAUGGUUAAGGGAGUGGAUAUCCAUCCCUCUCAUAUGUAUAUAAUAUGUACAUAAUCGCCUUUCUAUGUAUUCAAGCAUUCAAUUUUGAGGAGGAGGAAACCGGAUUCUAAAAUAAGAUGACCCAAUUAUUUGUUGUCUUUUUGAAGGUAAAAGAAGGGACGAGAAUGACGGAAGAGCAACUUCGUGAUCAGUUGAUGAAUAUAGCAGCUAGAUAUGGGUUGAUGCCUUAAGAAUGAACAUUUAGAUAUAACUGUGUGUUACUACUUUCGAAUCCGUAAUUUAAUUUAUUUUUAUUUUUAUUUUUAUGACAAGAUGCCAUAACCUUAUUUGGGGAUGAAUUUAAUUUAUUUUUAUUUUUAUGACAA